AUGACUGGCUCAACUACAGAACAACAACAAAAUCCACGAGAGCAGGAACAUGAGGUGAAAGGAGAUUCAUAUUUUCCUGCAAGAGAAGAACUCUACCAUGGUUUUUUUAUUAAAUAUUUGAUUAUGUUCAUAAGUGCCUGUGGCUCAGUAUUCUAUACUACUUUCUUGUGUAGUGGAGCAGUACUAAAUCAUUGGAAAGAUAAACUUUUGGGACGAGAGAAAUUCCUUCAAUCUGAUAUCGAACAAAGAAGUCAUGGAUAUGUUCCACGUCAGCCCUAUGAUAACUUAUCCACGAUGAAGCCAAGUCGGGAUCUAGAAUAUUAUUUGCAAGCCUUGGGAUUGGACCUACAAGAAUACAAGGUGACUACAUGUGAUGAGUUUAUAUUGACAGUCCAUAGAAUCAUUGAUCCAAAAGAAACUGAAGAACAAAGAGCAUGUAGGAAGCCUGUGUUCAUGCAACAUGGAUUAUUGUCAUGUAGUGGCACCUGGAUUGCUAAUGGGAAGAAUUCGUUGGGGUACUUUUUUCAUGAACAGGGCUAUGAUGUCUGGUUGGGUAACAAUAGAAGUUAUUUUAAAGCACAGCAUGCAUCAUUUCAAGGAGAUUUGUACAAUAACGAAGAAUAUUGGAAUUGGGGUGUACAAGAGUUGGCGUGCUAUGAUCUACCAGCCAUGAUAGGUACAGUUUUGGACAAUAAGAAGAAAUUCAAGAAAUUGAUUUUAGUAGGGCAUCUGCAAGGUGGAUUGCAAAGUUUUUUGAUGUUGAAGAAUCCAUAUUACACUCCUUUACAUGAAAAAAUUGAAUUGUUUGUACCAAUAGCACCGGCAAUUUACCCAGGUUCGUUGUUUUAUACACGUGAUUUUAUUAAGUUUGUCAAUCGCAGGAGUCAGUUUACCUGGUUGAUGUUAUUUGGAUGUUGUGCGUUUAUGAGAAACUUAUGUUUGGUUAGACAUUACAUCGCAGAAUAUUCCUUAUAUGGCAAAUUGUCUUAUUAUAUGUUUAAAUAUUUAUUUGGGUGGAAUGGUUCUAAUUGGGGUAAAGAUAAAAAAAUUUGGCAUUUCUUGUUUAUCUUCAAUAUGAGUUAUGCAUCAGUUGAAUUGAUGAAAUACUACUUGUCACAACACUCAGGAUGUGGGUUCACUAGAAUGUUGCAACCGAAAAAUGCCUAUAAGAACGAUGACCACUUCAAUGUGAAUGUUAUCGAUGACGCAAAGAGUUUCUUCCAGUUUGAUAAAACUUGGUUUACUGAAGUGAAAGUUCCUAUGCUUGUAUUUAUUGGAGAAGAGGAUUAUUUAGUUGAUGGUAAAAAAGUUGUAUCACAUAUGAGAAAAUAUGAGCCAGGGUAUGUUGAGGGUCAAAACUUUGAAGCAGUUGAAUUGCCAACCUAUAACCAUCUUGAUGUAGUGUGGGCAGAAGAUAUUAUUGGAUCAGCGGGGUAUGUCAUUAUGGAUAAGUUAAAAAAGAUGGAAGAAAGACUGACUCAAGAAACACAACAACACAUGGAUACAGUACAUACAGAAGAGCACAAUUCACUGGAACAAAUACCUAUCGUGGCGGCUUCAUCAGAGGAGGAUGCACUUAAUGAAAAGGAUAAUACAUUGGCAGAAGAGGAUCUUGGAGAGAAUAAGUUUAAUUUAAAAGAUAAACCAAUUGUUCCCGUAGAACCAUUAAUUGCAGACAAUGUCACAAUUCCUCAAAGUGUUGCAGCAAGUUGA